GAAGUAAAUAAUUUCACGGUUGGCUCGAUGUAGUCUGGCCGCUCCAAAAAAUUCCUUCAACGAGAAAUUAUCGAUGGAACUUGUUGCGAGUAAAUUCGACUUCGGACGCGAGAGAAAUCUUUAUCCACGCGAGACGGCGAGAGAUCGAUAAUCGAGCGCGUGCACGGCUCGUAUUCAUCGGCCAUGAGGUUUUAAUUGACACUCAACUGUCGCGUUUCUCCGUCACGUUUCAUCACGUUUUAGUGUUUCAUUUUUAUUCGUUUAUUCUUUUUUUCUUUUCUUGAUUUUUGUUGAUUGAAGAAUAAAGGAAAUGAGCGUGGAAAUUUCAUAAGAAUUGUGUUUGGUGUUUUUUUCAUUGUUCGAUACAUCUAAGGAUGAACAAGGCGCGCUCAUGAAAGACGCGGAUAAGCUGAAGCUGAUGCUGCUCGCGUGGAAUUAUAAUCUUCAACAGCAGGCUCAGGCUCAGGCCCAGGCCCAGGCGCAGGCCGCCAACGCGGCCCUCUCGCCAAAUAACUCCUCGACAACCACGGCCACCACCGUUGGCACACCUGUCACCAGUCAAUCGGCCAUAUCCACGGCAAACAACACCAUUAACAACUCCACACUUACAGACUCCCGAAACGGGUCAUCAGAGUUGGUGGACAUGCCAGCCGGAACCGUUCCUAAUUUGGGCGCGGUUGCUGGAGUCGGUGGCGAGGACAUGGCAUCCUUGUGGGCGUCCUACGCGAUGGGAUUAAAGAAGACACCGCCGCCAGCAUCCGCGGCGACGCCCUCGCGAUCAGAUCGUGAUCGCGAGUCCAGCCCUCCGGGGGAGGGGACGGGGAGCGCGCACGACGAGACGAGCAGCAGCGGCAAUAAGGAGGACGAGGACGACGACGACGAGGAUGCCGACGAGAGGUUGGACCCCAGACACCACGACCCGGAGCGCCAGAAGGCUUUCAACAUGUUCGUCAGGCUGUUCGUCGACGAGAACUUGGACCGUAUCGUGCCCAUCUCGAAGCAACCGAAGGAAAAAAUACAGGCGAUCAUCGAUAGUUGUACCAGGCAAUUUCCAGAGUUUGCGGAGAGAGCCAGGAAGAGGAUCAGAACGUACCUGAAGAGCUGUAGGAGGAACAAGCGUGGCAGGGAGGGUGCACCUUGGGACGCGGCGAGGCCCACUCCGGCGCACUUGACCUCCGUGCAGGCCGAACAGAUUCUGGCAACGGCCUGCGAAAAUGAGAGCGACAACGCGAAACGCAUGAGACUCGGUCUGGAGCCUGUCUCACAACCAAUGCCAACUCUUCCGGCUGCGACGCAAACGGAUGUCCGGUCAAGUUUGGAGCAUUUCUCGAGUACACCGGUGAAAUCACUUCCGGGUAAAAGGGAGGAUACACCACCGGCAUCGCUAACGUCCCUGGCGCCGCUAACCAGUUUGGCGAACUUGCCGAGCAGCACUCUCUCCUCCACACCCCUGUCCCUUGCACCGGCGUCGAAACUGCUCACCCCGGCGGACAACAAGGGUCUCAUGAGCCAGGCGACGAUAGUCAGCUCGUCGACGGUUAACGGUGUUGCCAGCGGUGGUGCACCAACGGCGAUGUACAGACCUAACUUCAGCCAGGCGUUCCAACGCGCCGGGCCGACCACAGUGCCGCCAACAUUGUCGGCGGGACUCUACCCCACGCAGAGCUUCACGUCAGGUCUAUUGAGCAACGGUACACAAAGACCGACGGAUUUGAGCAUGAAGAACACGAAACCGCUUCUGAGCCAUAAGUUGAACGCAACGGAAAUGACAGCCGUUAGGCAACUGAUCACCGGAUAUCGAGAAUCAGCAGCAUUUCUUUUGAGGUCCGCCGACGAGCUUGAACAAUUGUUGCUUCAGCAACCAUAGAGUUACGUUUACGUAGGCAGUGGCCAGCAGCUUGGUUCGUAAGUUUUUUCCUAAACGCGUGGACCAAAACGCCGUGCAAUAAGCGAGCACGAGGGCUAAUUUGAUCCACGAAACCGGAGACUUGAACGCCUGCAUACGAACGAAGCUGGUUUAUCUGAGCGUCGAAAUUACCGACUAUCGGUAACGAGUUUCCACUAUCGACCACCGAUAAACGCGAUUCCCGAGACCAAAUUGCCCCGAAGGAAGGAAAGAUCGAAUGCUGCAACUCGACGAAAUUUAUCCGGAAGGAUUGUCAGAAACUGGAUUUUCCUAUCGCGCGAGCAAAAAUAAGCUAAGCUUAAAACAAGUUAGCUUCAAUCUCUAGACUGCAACUCCUUGAAUAAAUAUUGAAAGAAGAGGAGGAAACUGUUUUCGUGUUAACGAGGCGGGAAUUUCAAAUUUUAUUUAUCGAGAAGAACGAGAGUUCCAGGCGAUGGGAUCACCAGGGGACGCGGUGUUCUUAGGGCUAGGUUUAAGGGAACUAUUUCAAACAGGGUGUACAUAGAGAGGAUUUACAGAAUAUUUACUUAAUUAUCGAUAAGCUUAAGCUUAAGAGAAUACGAGGAUACGAGGUGUGUGUUGUUGCGUGCAUGUAUAGAGUGCGUGCGGGAGGCUUUGGGACGAAGAGCGAUGCGGCGAGAGAAAUUUGAUGGAUCGUUGCUCGAAAGUAAAAUGGUGUAUCUUCUUUAGAUUAAUCAUACGCUAGCCACGCGAACGAAUAAUCGCGAACGACCGCUUGUACGUUCGAAGUUGCCGCUUCUCUUCGAUCAUCAUCAAAGCUGCUUCGAACGUCUGUGUCGAACGUGUAUCGAACAUCGCCAUUGUCGUUUACCCGACCCGAGAACAUUGUAUCGAUUGUUAUGUACAUACGGAUGAACGUAAGAAAAAAAA